CCGGAUGUUUGGCGGCCUGAGGAUCCAGCUCAACUGAGGUGCCACCGGAGGUGUUCCUGUUUUUGCAUCAGGACCUUCCCGGAAAUUUUUAGCUGCAAAUUUGUUAACAGCUAAUUUUUGCAUUGUGUACCUAGGCUGCUUGCGUCAGAUUUUGCACUACUCUGGCUGUGAAAUUAUACACGGCACAGCUCGUUUGCAAGACUGAGAAGCUGGACUUAAGCCAAAGGUGCAUGGUCCGGUAGUGGGAAAGGUGAUGGAUUCUUAAGUGGAAGAGGUGGUGUGAGGGGCACCGCCCAUGCUGCCCUGCUUCCAGCUGCUGCGCAUAGGAGGCGGCAGGGGCGGUGAUCUCUACACCUUCCACCCUCCAACCGGGACUGGCUGCACCUAUCGGUUGGGCUGCAGGGCCGACCUGUGCGAUGUGGCCCUGCGGCCCCAGCAGGAGCCUGGCCUCAUCUCUGGGAUCCAUGCAGAGCUGCAUGCUGAGCGGAGAGGUGAUGACUGGAGGGUCAGCCUGGAGGACCAUAGCAGCCAAGGGACUUUGGUCAAUAAUGUCCGACUCCCAAGGGGCCACAGGCUGGAGUUGAGUGAUGGUGACCUCCUGACCUUUGGCCCUGAAGGACCCCCAGGAACCAGCUCCUCGGAGUUCUACUUCAUGUUCCAGCAAGUCCGGGUCAAACCUCAGGACUUUGCUGCCAUUACCAUCCCUCGGUCUAGGGGAGAAGUUGGGGCUGGGGCUGGUUUCCGGCCCAUGCUGCCCUCCCAGGGGGCCCCACAGAGGCCCCUCAGCACCCUGUCCCCAGCCCCAAAGGCCACACUGAUCCUCAACUCCAUUGGCAGCCUCAGCAAGUUCAGGCCCCAGCCCCUUACCUUCUCCCGGAGUGGGGGUGGGCCACAGAGCCUGCCUGUUUCCACUCCACCCGAGGAAGUGAGAACCCCACCUGCUCCACCCCCACGAAAUCGGAGGAAAUCAGCUCACAGAGUGUUGGCAGAACUGGAUGAUGAGAGUGUAGCUCCCGAGAGCCCCCCACCAGUACUUAUGGGGCCUAGGAAGAAACUCCGGGUGGAAAAAGCCCCACUGACACCCAGUGGGAGAGAAUGACUACAGGGAAAGUUCCGUGCUGUGGACAUGGAUUCAGGGCCUGGAGCCCUGACAGAAGAAAACUUCCUGCCAAAGACACGGGCCUUCAGCAAGUUACAGUGAGCUGAAAUUUUCUGCUGUUAUAAGUUGUAAAACCUUCUUGUCAUGGACACCGAGAGUAUCUGCGCUUAGAGCACCCAUCAGUUGCAGAAGCCAUACCUGUGAAGAUGUAAGGAAUUUUUCUGUUUCUUUUUUCCUUUUGUUGGGGAUCAAACCCAGAACCUUGAUCAUGCUAGGCAUGCUCCACCACUGAACUACAUCGUCAGCUCCCUUAAUGUUCUUGAAUGGU